GUGCCGGAGAACCAGUGGUGAUUAAAAGAGGCUUUCAAGAGAAAGCUAGGGAGCCAAAAACUCCUUUGCCACAGAACUGCAAGUCUACAGGCUCCAAAAGGUUCAUGCUGAUAAGAGAAGCUGUUUGAGAUUGCACUGAAAUAUUUCCGCAGAAAGGCAUUUGACUAGGGAGCCAUGGAGCUAGGAAAAGGAAACCCUCAACAGAUAAGGCAAGUGCUGCUUUUCUUUGUUUUCCUGGGAGGGUCUUUGGUGUGUUCAGAAACCUGGCGCUAUUCUGUAGCAGAGGAAACGGAGAUCGGCUCCUUUAUAGGCAACAUGGUGAAAGACAUAGGUUUGAGUGUGGAAGACCUGUCUGCAAGGGGGGCCAGAGUCAUCUUUGACGAUUAUAAACCACACUUGCGGUUGGAUCUGCAGACUGGCAACUUGCUCUUAAAUGAGCAACCGGACCGAGAGGCACUUUGUGAUCUUACCGAGCCAUGUAUAUUGCAUUUCCAGGUACUACUUGAAAAUCCUUUGCAAUUUUUUCGAGCUGAGCUUUGGGUUGAAGACAUAAAUGAUCACACUCCCACGUUCACAGACAAACAUAUAUUUCUGAAAAUCUCAGAAAGCACUGCUCCAGGAACCUCGUUCCAAAUGGACAGCGCUCAGGACUUGGAUGUAGGAAAGAAUGGUGUCCAAAACUACACGUUAAAUCCCAAUCCUCAUUUCCACCUUAAACUGCAAGGCAGUGAGGAAGGUACAAAAUACCCAGAGCUGUUACUGGACCAACCUCUGGAUAGAGAAAAGGAGCCUGAGCUUAGAUUAACGCUAACAGCCCUGGAUGGCGGGUCUCCACCGAGGUCUGGAACUGCGCUGGUGCGUGUGUUGGUCUUAGAUAUCAAUGACAAUGCCCCACAGUUUGAGAGAUCCAUCUAUGAGGUUCCGAUACCAGAAAACAGCCCUCUGGACUUCUUGGUCGUCAAGGUAUCUGCGACAGAUUUAGACGCAGGAAUAAAUGGAGAACUAUCUUACUCAUUUUCCCACGUUUCCAGAGACAUACAGAAGACAUUUGAAAUCCAUCCAAUUUCUGGUGAAGUCCGUUUAAAAGCGCUUCUGGAUUUCGAAUUAGUUCAGUCUUACAUAAUAAAUAUCCAGGCCAUUGACGGUGGGAGCCUUUCAGGAAAAUCAGUAAUUUUAGUUAGUGUUGUAGAUGUGAAUGACAACCCGCCAGAAGUAGUCGUAACAUCUCUUACCAGCCCCAUACCAGAAAAUUCAUCGCCUGAAAUGGUGGUCGCGGUUUUUAGCCUCCGAGACCCAGACUCUGGCGACAACGGGAGGAUGGUUUGCUCAAUUCAGGACAACCUUCCGUUUCUCUUGAAGCCUAAUUUCAAAAAUUUCUACACCUUGGAAACAGAGAGCCCACUGGACAGAGAGAGCAGAGCCGAGUACAACAUCACGAUCACGGUCACUGACAUGGGAACCCCCAGACUGAAAACCGAGCACAACAUAACCGUGCUGGUGGCCGACGUCAACGACAACGCCCCCGCCUUCACCCAGACCUCCUACACUCUGUGGGUCCGCGAGAACAACAGCCCCGCCCUGCACAUCGGCAGCGUCAGCGCCACAGACACAGACGCGGGCGCCAACGCCCAGGUCACCUACUCGCUGCUGCCGCCGCCAGACCCGCACCUGCCCCUCGCCUCCCUCGUGUCCAUCAACCCCGACAACGGCCACCUCUUCGCCCUCACGUCCCUGGACUACGAGGCCCUGCGGGCCUUCGAGUUCCGCGUGGGCGCCGCCGACCGCGGCUCGCCCGCGCUCAGCAGCCAGGCGCUGGUGCGCGUGCUCGUGGCGGACGCCAACGACAACGCGCCCUUCGUGCUCUACCCGCUGCAGAACGCCUCGGCGCCCUGCACCGAGCUGGUGCCCAGGGCGGCCGAGCCCGGCUACCUGGUGACCAAGGUGGUGGCGGUGGACGGCGACGCGGGCCAGAACGCCUGGCUGUCGUACCAGCUGCUCAAGGCCACGGAGCCCGGGCUGUUCGGCGUGUGGGCGCACAACGGCGAGGUGCGCACGGCGCGGCUGCUGAGCGAGCGCGACGCGCCCAAGCAGCGGCUGGUGGUGCUGGUCAAGGACAACGGCGAGCCGCCGCUGUCGGCCAGCGUCACGCUGCACGUGCUGCUGGUGGACGGCUUCUCGCAGCCCUACCUGCCGCCCCCGGAAGCGGAAGCGGCGGCCGCGGCGCCGGCCGACCCGCUCACCGUCUACCUGGUGGUGGCCUUGGCGUCGGUGUCGUCGCUCUUCCUCUUCUCGGUGCUGGUGUUCGUGGCGGUGCGGCUGUGCAGGAGGGGCGGGGCGGGCUCGGCGGGUCGCUGCCCGGUGCCCGAGGGCCACUUCCCGGGCCACCUGGUGGACGUCAGCGGCACGGGGACCCUGUCCCAGAGCUACCAGUACGAGGUGUGUCUGACUGGAGGAACUGGGACCAGAGAGUUCAAGGUUCUGAAGUCUGUUGCCUCUAAUCAUCGGGGGUCCGUGAUUAAUGUAGAAGAAAACUCAGACUUUCUAGAUAGUUUUGGAUUCAAUUAGGAAUUUAUCAGUUUAUUGGAGUUGAAAGUUUUUUCAAAAUAUACUGUUCCCAUUAGCUUUUAGAUCCAUAUAGAAUUUUUUUUGCUGAUUUCAUUUUCCUAGUUAAGAAGGUUAGCAAUUUUUCUUAAGUGUAUAGUCAUAUGUAUGCUCUUUAUUCUAUUUUGAUGGAAAAAUCUUUCAACUUAACUACUGCAAAGUCACAAACAUUUGUUCAAUUUUUCAACUUUUUGUCAUCAAACACUAUUGAUUUGAAAAUAACCCCAGACGCAUUCUGUUUAUUGUUCAAAAACUGCUUCCUAAAACAAAACCCAAAAAACUGCUUCCUAAUUUUUUGAUACUGUGGUUAUGUAGGAGAUGGGCAUCAUAAAAUAUAAUGAAUUAUUAGUAUAUCUUAUAUUGAAUCACAUUAUGCCUGUCUUAAAUUUUUUAAUGGAGAAAUGUCUGCAAAAUGCAUGUUUUUGUUUCACAAUUGUAUUAAAUGGAAAAGACUACAAUUUCUCCUAUACUUAGACUUUUGCUCUCUUUACAUCAACCUUCUGUAUAUAACAUAUAUGUUACUGAAAUAUUAGAUUAUUUAAAAAUAUUUAAAUAGGUCCCUUUUGUGUCUAUCUAUCCCACCCUACCUUUUUCAGAAAACAACUCUCUUCAAUAAUAGUAUAUUGUUGCAGCCAUGUUUAUUUUAUAUGACUUACCUCCCUCUGUGAUUUCAGAUAAUCAGACAAGGUUGUAGACAUUGCUGAUACAAGCUUGACCAAUCUCAUUUUCUCUGCUUUAAAAAAUGGCUUUAUAAACUAGUAUAAAAUAGCCCAUUAGAUACCUAACAAGAAAAUUAUAUCGUGAUGGCUAAAUACAUGAAAAAAGCACCAAAAGUCAGUCUACUUAGAUAAGAAGGAAGGAGAUGCCUAAAGAG